AUGGCUGAAUCUGACGAGACCCAGAAUAAUGAUACCCAAUUGGUAGCGGUUCCUACAGAAGACAUGGCUAUACGAGCUGUGAACAAGAGAUAUGAAGGGCUAAGCACGAUUCGAGCGAAGGCCACUAAAGGGAAAGGAGCUUGGUACUGGGCACAUCUGGAGCCUAUUCUAGUUCGAAACCCGGACACAAAUGAUCCGAAAGCUGUUAAGCUUAGGUGCAACCUUUGUGAAGCUGUUUUCUCCGCUUCAAACCCAUCACGAACUGCUUCUGAGCAUCUCAAGAGAGGAACCUGCCCCAAUUUUAACUCUCUGUUGAAACAUUCAUCACCUUCGUCUUCCUUGCCGCCAUUGUCUUCACCUUCUUCUCACAGUAAUCGGAAGCGGCUCGGUUCUAUAAACGAGGGUUUGAAUAGUUACCAUCAACAUCAGUUUCAUCAUCAUCAACAACAGCAGCAUUUGUUGUUAUCUGGUGGGAAAGAGGAUCUGGGACCAUUGGCAAUGCUGGAAGAUAGUGUGAAAAAGAUUAAAAGUUCAAAACCUUUACCACCUGGUCCCAUUUUAAGUAAAACCCAAAUCGAUUCGGCUCUUGGAUUAUUAACUGAUUGGUUUUACGAGUCUUACGGGUCAGUCUCUUAUUCAAGCUUGGAUCAUCCAAAGUUUAAAGCUUUCAUGAAUCAAGUCGGGCUUCCUGAGAUUUCAAGACAAGACAAUUUUAUGUCGUCAAGGCUUGAUUCAAAAUACGAAGAAGCAAAGUUAGAAUCAGAAACCAAGAUCAACGAUGCUGAGUUUUUUCAACUUUCAUCCAACGGGUGGAAAAGCGAAGAAAUCGAAGGUAUGAAUAUGAUCAAAUUCAUGGUUAAUCUUCCGAAUGGAACCACAUUAUUUCGAGAAACGUUUUUUCCUAGUGGCGCGAUUCCUGCCACGUAUGCAGAAGAGAUCAUGUGGGAAACCAUCACAGGUACGUGUAAUAUCGUUCAAAAAUGUGUCGGAAUUGUCGCAGAUAAGUAUAAAACAAAAGCCUUGAGAAAUUUAGAGCUUCAAAAUCAAUGGAUGGUUAAUUUAUCAUGUCAGCUUCAAGGAGUCGGUAAUCUAAUCAAGGAUUUUAGCAAAGAGCUUCCUCUUUUCAAGAACGUAAUUUCUAAUUGCUUGAAGAUUACCAAUCUUUUCAACAACAAUUCUCACGCUAGAAGCAUUCUCAACAAGUUUCUAUCACACGACUCCAGAUUCUCUGUUUCUUUUGGGAUUCCCCCCCUUUUGUAUUGUGAAAACUUACAAAACUUUUCGUCUGUUUCUGCAAUGUUGGACAAUAUCAUUAGCUGUUCUCGCGUCUUGCAAUUAGUUGUAAUGGAGGAUUUGUAUAAAGUUUUGGUUAUGGAAGAUUCUCUGGCUACAGAAGUUGGCGACAUGAUCCAAAACAUGGGGUUUUGGAAUGACGUGGAAGCUAUCAACACUUUAAUCAAAGUGGUGAAAGAUAUGGUUGAAGAGAUUGAGGUUGAAAGGCCAUUAGUAGGUCAAUGUCUUCCUCUUUGGGAGGAUUUAAAAUCCAAAAUCAAAGAUUGGUGUGUGAAAUUCAGUGUUCUUCAUGUUGGUGUUGUUGACAGAAUUGUUGAAAAAAGAUUCAAGAAAAACUACCACCCUGCAUGGUCAACCGCUUUCAUACUUGAUCCAGUUUAUUUACUGAGGGACGAAAACGGAAAAUACCUUCCACCUUUUAAAUGCUUAACUUGUGAACAAGAGAAAGAUGUUGAUAAACUGAUAACACGAUUAGUUUCAAGAGAAGAAGCUCGUAAAGCAUUAAUGGAGCUUAUGAAAUGGAGGUCAGAAGGACUUGACCCGUUAUACGCAAAAGCGGUUCAAGUCAAACAACUUGACCCGUUGACCGGAAAGAUGAAAAUAGCAAACCCUCAAAGUAGUAGACUUGUUUGGGAAACUAUCUUGAAAGACUUCACAAUUCUUGGAAAGAUUGCAGUUAGGCUUUUGUUUCUUCAUGCAACAACUUCUUGUGGAUUCAAAUGUAGUUACUUGUCUUUAUUGGGUCAAGGACAAAUUCAAUCAAGAAUUGGACUUGAAAGGAUUCAAAAAAUGAUAUUUGUUGCAACUCAUUCCAAGCUCAAAAGGCGUGAAUUUGGUAGUGAAGAGGAGAAAGAAGCCAUAACAAAUGGGGAAGAUGAUGAUCAUGACAUGCUUAAUGAGGUCUUUGUGGAUGCAAAUAUGUAA